AGUAUGGUCAACGGCAACUGUUGCUCGUAAAUAAUUUCCAGAAUUUUCAACAGCUUUAAAAAAAAGUUAUUUAAAAAUACAAAGGUUCCUCCAGGAAUGACCUCCAAAGAGUGCCGGCUCUGCCUGCGGCACGAGGCCAACUGUGUGUCCCUGUUUGCUAAGCGUCGCGGGACAAAACUUGCCGAAAUUGUUCGGUUUUGUGCCAGGGUUGAGAUUUCCGAAGACGAUGGCCUGCCGGGGGACGCCUGCCCAAGGUGCGUGGAUGAGGCCCUGAACGCGUACCUGUUUGUAAACAAAUGUCGCCGGUCCGACGCCGAGCUGCGAACCGAACAAGCCUUCGCCAAGGAUGGCUUCGAUGAUGACGCGACAAGCGAAAACCCCACCAAUACUGAGCAAAAGCCAGUUGUGGAGGCAAGCUCGGAGAGUGCGCCAAAAUCUACCGAAGAGCCAGAGGAAGCGCUCGCAGAUAUGCCCGAAGAUGCCUCAAAGUUCUCCCCAGUGGCUCAACAGGUUGAACACGUGGAGUCGGAAUCGUGCGAAGUGCAGGUGAAACUUGACAUCGAACUUCCCAGUGUUCAUAACGAGCCUGUUGAUGAGCUAGAAUGCGUUCAGACGGAAGAUGAGUUCGUUACGACUGAAGAAGAGGCAGAGAUGAUUGCGGAACCUUCGGACGCAACGGUGUGCAUAAAGCAGGAAGAAUUGAACGAAGUUUCGGCAGCUGAGGGUGAAGAGGAAGAGGUGGAUUUCUUUGUUGAGUACUUGGACGAAAAUUCCGAAUCGGUUGCUUCUCCGAACAAUGAUGAAACCAUGGUGGACGAUCAAUAUGAGGAUGAGGAUGGAGUUGAGAUGGAGGUUCAAGAAACAGUAAGCGUUACGAGCACAACUCGAAUUUACCACUGCUGUGGAGUUCGCUGUCGAGCAUCUUUCAACACUGCGGAGGAGCUGGACGAGCACUCGAUUCAGGUGCACCUGCCCUGUCGAGAACCCGCCAGUUCGCAAAAGUCAUUUGAAUGUCAACGUUGCUUCGCGAGAUUCAGCACGGAGAAAAGUCUUGCGUUGCACACCCGAAGGCUGAACGACUGUCCAUUUUGCCAAGAAACGUUUGCCAAAUUCAAAGAAAAGCAAGUCCACAUGCUACAGGUCCAUGGAGAGUCGAUGCCGGUCACAGCGAGUAAUUCCGAGGAGCGUAUCUGCUGCGGUUGCCACGAAACGUUUGCCAGUGAAGCGGAACUCCGUGCCCACAGCGAAAGCCAGCACGCGUUGCGGAAAGGAGCUACCGACGAGACGCGAUCGCUUCAGUGUACCGUCUGUUACAAGCUGUUCCGCACGGUGGAGAGCUUACGGAUCCACCAACGGUUCGUGUACAGACCGAAGAACUUCGUCUGCGACACGUGCGGUCAGGCUUUCGACACUCGCUCGAAGCUGAUGACGCACGAGAUCGUACACACCGAUCAGCGCGACUUUCAGUGCGACAAGUGCGACAAAUCGUUCAAAAAGAUUCACGCCCUGCGCAGCCACCAGCUGCUGCACGAAGAGAAGAAGGAGGUUUGCCGCGAGUGUGGCCUGCGGUUCCACCGGAAGUCGAACCUGAAGAUGCACAUGCGAAAACAUCAGGAUACCUUCUUCUACGCCUGCCCCGACUGUCCCAAACAGUUCAAGAACAACUCUCACUUGAAGGAGCACUACAAGGUCCACUCGAAGGAAAAACCGUACCAGUGCUCGUUUUGCGAGCGCACCUUCAGCUACUACAGCGACCGGAAGCGGCACGAAAUGAGCCACACCGGGGCGUACCCGUUCGAGUGUGGCAGCUGCGCGAAGAAGUUUGCCCGGAAAACGCUGCUGGACAAGCACUCGCAGGUGUGCCUGGAGCGAAGCUCGAUGCAGGAGUUGACGGAAUGAUGGUGAGUCGGGGAAAUAUAUCGCUUAACU